GUUUGUGCAGACAUUGCAACACUGGCCGACUGUCGCUGCCUCUCAGAUGUGAUCUCAUCAGUGCCCAACUGGAGACUUAAGAGGACGCCCUGACCCAGGAGAAAAAAAUAGACUUACUGAUCUCAUAAACAAGGAUUGUAGCACUGAUGGAAGAUUUAAGGCAGACUAUCGGGGUCAUGUCACAGACAAUAUGCCCAAGUUCACCAGCUGCUUCUGAGGAAGACCUAAAAAGUACAAAUGCUGGGCACCGGGAGAAGAUGCAGAUGAAGAGGGAGAUUUCCCUCAUCAAUGGGAUCUGCCUCAUCGUGGGCAACAUGAUUGGCUCUGGGAUCUUUGUCUCACCAAAGGGUGUUCUGAUGUACAGUGGCUCCUUCGGGCUCUCCCUGCUGAUCUGGGCUCUUGGAGGCUUGUUCUCUGUGUUUGGAGCCCUUUGCUACGCGGAGCUCGGUACCACCAUCCCCAAAUCCGGAGCCAGCUAUGCCUACAUCCUGGAGUCGUUUGGUGGCUUCCUGGCUUUCAUUCGUCUUUGGACGUCUAUUCUGCUGAUUGAGCCAGCCAGCCAGGCUGCAAUUUCUCUGACAUUUGCUUUUUAUCUGGUGGAGGCUCUCUAUCCAACCUGCCAGCCACCAUACGAUGGGGUACGACUCCUCGCCGCUGCCUGCCUCUGUAUAUUGAUCUUCAUUAACUGUGCUUAUGUGAAGUGGGGGACUCUGGUCCAGGACAUCUUCACAUAUGCAAAACUUAUGGCCCUCUUCCUCAUAAUCAUUGUUGGAAUCCUGAAAAUAGUGACAGGACAAAUAAAUAGCUUCGAGAGUCCAUUUGAGGGGUCCUCAACAGAUCCUGGAGCCUUAGCUCUGGCUCUCUACUCAGCUCUGUUCUCCUACUCAGGCUGGGAUACACUCAACUUUGUCACUGAGGAAAUUAAGAAUCCUGAGAGGAAUCUUCCCCUGGCCAUUGCCAUCUCCAUGCCCAUCGUGACCAUCAUUUAUCUGCUGACCAAUGCUGCAUACUAUGUAGUUCUAGACAUGCCAUCCCUGCUGGCCAGUGAUGCUGUUGCUGUGACAUUUGGAAAUGCAGCACUUGGUUCAUUCAACUGGAUCGUCCCUGUGUCCGUGGCCAUGUCCUGCUAUGGAGGACUCAACGCUUCCCUCAUUGCUGCUUCACGGCUUUUCUUUGUUGGAGCUAGGGAGGGCCACCUCCCCGACAGUCUAAGCCUGAUCCACCUGAACCGCUACACACCCAUACCUGCCCUGCUAUUCAAUGGGCUCAUGGGUCUGAUCUUCCUGUGUGUGGAGGAUGUCUUCCAGCUGAUCAACUACUUCAGCUUCAGUUACUGGCUUUAUGUUGGUCUCUCUGUGGCUGGCCUCAUCUACCUGCGCAUUAAACAGCCAGAGAGGCACAGACCAGUUAAGCUCAGCUUGUUCUUCCCCAUCGUUUACUGUAUGUGCAGCCUGUUCCUAGUCAUCGUCCCCCUGUACGGAGACACCAUCAAUUCUCUCAUAGGAAUUGGCAUAGCUCUGUCAGGUGUGCCGGUUUAUUAUGUCACCAUUUACCUGCCCGAGGAGAGGAAGCCUCGAUUCAUACGCAAACUCAACUCCUUGACCACCAAAUACACCCAGAUGUUGCUCUACUGCUGCCUGACUGAGUUCGACACUGAAGCAGGAACACCGGCAGGCAGUAAAACACAGUGAGAUGUGGACAGACUCCUCCGUUUAUCCGGCUGCUUUCUGGGGACUGGAAUGCAGGGCCCUGCGUGGACAGACCGGGAAAGAGCAGUAUGAUGGUUGUUGAGACUAAUAUUUUUGUCAGGCCAAGAUGAAAACAUUGCCUAACAUCUUAAACGACUCACUGAGAAGGAGCAACUUCAAGCUGGUUAUUUUUCCUCUUUUGUAUGUUCUGAGAAUAUCUUCUGUGAGGAUUUUUCAUGAAACAUUUGAAACAAAUGUGUAUCCAAAGCACACGUUUUUUAAAUGCUUCUAGCUGAAAGGAAAGAAUCCAGGCCUCUGUCAGGCUUAGCUUAGAAAAAACAUAUCAAAUUGUAUUAUUUUAUUCAUUCAGGGCCAAUUUGACAAUUUAUUUACUCUAUAAUACCAUUGUAAAGCACAGUAAAAUAUUUGAUUUCA